GCAAAGUUCCGUGUGCAGCUUUCGGAACGCCGGACUGUUUCUUCCUUGCUUUUACCAUUUUCGUUAUCGUUCCUAGGGUGGAAGGGAAAGGCGUAGGAGCGCUGCGCUCGCUUACGGAUGCCCGUUCAUCGUUAGGUCGGAAACUACUUGGAUGGUGCUGGUGCUGAUGAUGAAGGCCACUCUCAGCGUUAGUGAAUGUGGACACCAGUGGUGUUAAUUGAAUUUAGCUUGUGAGACGGAGGUUUUUGGAUGAGCGCAUUGCGACGUUGUGCGUCCUCCGGUCCGCAUGUCGCACAGUCCGCCUGGCUACAUGGAUGGGGUCCCGGUGAAGAUAUCGGAACGGUUCAAACCGCCACCAAAAAUAGUGCUCCCGCAGGGAGUUGUUAACCGUCUCAGCCAGUAUGACGUUGACCAGGUGCUGCGUGAGUCAUGCUACGGUUGCGAGCUGGAAGACACAGUACUUAAACGCAUGACCGAAUGGCGAGCGAUUACGGAGCGCGAACGGAGCGAGCGAAGUAGUCGCCUGCGGGUGCAGGAACAGAACCGGUUGCGACACAUCGAGGACGAACAGAACCGGAAGUUACAUCAAAUAUCUUACCCCAACACGGAUGAACUGUCGAGCGCUAGUGACGACAAUGGCGAUGCCGAUGUUCCUUGUCGGCGGUCUGUGCGUCCCGCCGACAGAGCAACGGAUGACGACGACGAGGAGGAAGAGGAGGAAGAGAACGAUGAAUCGGCCCCAUCCGGCUCGUCGGACGAACGCGCGGCCAAUGCAAAACCGUUCGACCGUAGGAGCCAGUUCAGCUCGAUCCUGGUACCGACUGUGAUACGAGAGGUAGCACCGAGUGCUGCCCAGACUCAAGCUUAUUCUGCGGCUCCCGUGGGCGCCAACAUCACCAUUCCAAAGACGGCCCAGAUUGGCACCGAGCUGAACACAGCACCAAUCGCUACCUUCGGAAACAACAACAAUAACAAUAACAAUAAUUAUAACAAAAUCAAUUACUCGGACUUUGAGAACGAUACGUCCAGUCCGUUCGAUAAUAUGGAGCUGCGUACGAUAAACGAUUUGGAUAUUUUGGCACAAGUGUUGAAGCUCAAUACGAACCUCACUAGUCCGACGGUAGAGACCGAGCAUCAGCAGACGAAAGAGGCCGAAACGGCGGAGAUUUCGCAGCAGCCACCUCAGCAACAACAGCCCCAACAACAACCGCAGCAACAGCUACAGCAGCAGCAACAGCAGCAACAGCAACAGCAGCAGCAACAGCAGCAACAUGUUGCUGUACAUUCGAACGAUCAGUACACUACGCCCUUCACGACGAAUCAGCAGUAUUCGAUGCCCCAGCCUGGCUACCCUCUCAACCAAUAUCAAUUUACUCAAACGUCCGUCACCGUGAGCGGUGCUAAUGAUUACCUUGGAACGUCCUACUCGAAUUAUCAUCAGCAGUACUCUGCGAACUACGCUGCUCCGUACGAUUCAGCAGCGAUGGCCACCCCGGUAUACUCCUCCGGGACCGCGGCUGACAAUCGCUAUGGGAUGAACGCUUACACGAGCCCUACACCGCCGUACCAUGUGCCUGUUAGUCAAAGCCAUCAACCAGAAUACAGACCAGCGGCGGCUCAGAGCUACGCCUACGGUUACCACUACCCGUGCUCGAUCGUUCCGUCGACCUCGAUGACUGGUGGCUCGACGGGAAAUACGUACGCCACUAACUAUGGCUAUAGUACGGCCACGAAUACGACGUCCACCGCCGGAACGGUACCUUACAUGGGGCCGACUUAUCACGGGUAUCAAUCGUCGUCGUCCUCUUCCGGCUGUACACCGACAAAUCCCUCUGUGUAUAGCACCAACGUCGCCGAUGUGAACGGUGGCGAAGCGUCCGGUGCGGUCGGGCUCCGAUCGAAGUCUCGCAGCGUCCCCGACAUCCUUCGCCAGCUAAACGAAGAAAUACAGGAUUCGGCAACGCGCCGGACACGCAACAAUAGUCAAACGAUAAGCGAUGGUCGGUCCGCUACCACCGGUUCUGAAAAUUCUGUGAGUGGCGAAAAACGAAUCGACUACACACAAUACAAUCAACUGUCGCACGCGGAACAGAAUCUUGUGAAACGUAUCAGCUCCAUGGGUUUUCCGUUGGAGCGCGUAGUUUGGGUUCUGCAAAGGAUUGGAAACGAUGACAAAAAGGUCAUCGAACACCUUAUCCCAUUGAGUGAGCUGCUAGACGUUGGUUUCGAGGAGCAGAAAAUCUCCGACGCUCUCCUAAAGUUCGACAACAAUAAGCAUAAGGCAUUGGACUAUCUCAUUUCAUAGACUUUUGCCGCGCCGCGUUUUCCGUUUUUUGCCGUUAUUUUGCAGGAGAACCGGAGAGCGUAUUUAUAGCAUAGACAUACAGAACGAGCCUCGUAAGUGCUGUGCAAGAGCGAUCGGAAAGCUGUCGCUUAUUCCUCUCGAUCGAGUGGCAACGACUACUACAGGGAUCGCAAACUAUGUCUCGCAAUGUUGUCAACAAAUAAAUUGCCGAAGCAGAAAGUAUGUGAACUCGUGAGAGGCGCUUUUCCUAUUCUACUGCCUCGUGCUCUGUAUUUCAAUAGUUUUGUUGGUUUUGGAAUUUAUGUAGAAAUAGGCUUUCGUUACACUAACUUGAAGGAUACCUUACGGCUUAUGCUUUCCUAGCGAAACCUUAUGAUUCGUUGAUGAUAUUUGUUCCGGAUGGACCCUCGACACUCGACACAAGGCGUGUAGUAUUUAUUUU